AUGACUUUCUACGACGACGGAUGCGACUGCGGCAAUAAUAAUUGUCAAUGCGACUCUUCUGCUACUUGCAAUUGUGCAAAAGAAGCAACUCAGAAUUCUUGCAAAUGUGGUGAAGGAUGCACUUGCAUUGCAAAGAGUGGUGAAUGUCAUUGUGAUUCAAAGUAG